CGUUUAACAAAACCAAAACCAGAGAUGCAGACAAAGGAAGAGAAAAGGAUAGAUGUAUCGAACUGUCAUUCUCAUUAGCCAAAGCCAGCAGCAUCCAACUACGAUUCUCUCACUCUUUCAAGUUUCAAAUGCUGUUAGCGCAUCAUUUAAUUUCUCUUGCCUUAGUUAAUUAGAACACAGAGAUAUGGUAUAGUUUACUACUGUUUUUGAAUGAUAAAAUGGAAUUAGCAGUUCCAAAAAUCUCAACUCUUCUAGUUCUUCUGUUUCUUCUGUUAAAUUUCUAUGGUGAAUUCGGAUCUGAAGCUCAAGUGAUUCCUGAUGAUGAAGUGCAAGCACUAAAGAAUAUCUCUACAAAGAUAAACGUUACAUAUUGGAAGAAUGUCAGCAAAAAUUCAUGCACUCGAAGUGGAGAUCUUAAUGUAAACGUUACUGGAGAUGGAGAUGUCUUAAGUAGUGUUACCUGCGAUUGUAGUUACAACUCUUCUUCAAUUUGUCAUAUCACAAACAUUCAACUCAAAGGUCUCGAAUUAACUGGAAUUCUACCUCAAGAAUUCGGCAAUCUUCCAUUUCUCCAGGAAAUCGAUUUAAGUCGUAACUAUCUUAAUGGAACCAUUCCCAAGAGUUGGUCUACCCUUCCUCUCACGAUCAUGUCUCUAUUGGCAAACAGCAUUAGUGGAUCAAUUCCGAAGGAAAUUGGUGACAUUAUUACACUGCGUGAGCUGAACUUACAAGAUAAUCAGCUUGAUGGACCUCUUCCUCCAGCGCUUAGUAAUCUGAAAAGUUUGCAAAGAUUACUUUUAUCGGGGAACAAUUUCACGGGAACCUUACCGCAAAAAUUUGGUGAUUUGAAGAACUUGGGAGAUUUUAGGAUAGAUGGGACUAGCAUCUCCGGCAAUUUACCUGAGUUUAUUGGGAAUUGGACACAACUCAGGCGGCUAGAAAUGCAAGGCACAUCCAUGGAGGGACCCAUUCCUUCCGCCGUAUCCCUUUUGAAGAACUUAACUAUACUGAGAAUCUCUGAUUUGAAGGGACCCAGUACGCAAAAAUUCCCAGAUUUGAAGGAUUUGACAGUCAUGAGAGAUUUGGUCUUGAGAAAUUGCUUGAUUAGUGGUUCUAUCCCACAAUAUAUUGGACAGGAGAUGACAAGUCUGGACAACAUGGAUUUGAGCUUUAACAGAUUGGAUGGCACUAUUCCUGACAAUCUUCAACAGCUUGAAAAACUGCGGUUCGUGUAUCUCACCAAUAAUUCACUGACUGGACCCAUACCGUCGUGGAUAGUUAACACAAAGAGGAACUUUGAUAUAUCUUACAACAAUUUCACAGGAUCUGCUCAAUCCAGCUGUCAGGAAUCGAACUUGAAUAAGGUAUCUAGUUUUUCAUCACCGCAAGACAAGUCAACUCCUUGGUGCUUGAAGAAGGAUCUACCCUGUUACUCAAAACCCAAAUAUUUUUCAUUGUUCAUCAAUUGUGGUGGACCAGCUGUGAAUUUUGAAGGCAACGAUUAUGAACCAGACUUAUCAACAAUGGGUCCAUCAACAUUUUUCUGGUCUAAUGGUAAAUGGGCUUCUAGCACUAUGGGGAACUACAUAGGAAAUGUGAAGGCAAUAUAUUCUGCUCAAUCUAGUCCGAACAUGACAGCAGCAGACUUGUAUACGACAGCUCGCCUUGCCCCUGUCUCUCUGAAGUACUAUGGCUUAUGUUUGCGCCCAGGAAACUAUAAUGUGACUCUUCACUUUGCUGAAAUAAUGUUCCCUGCUAACCAACCAAAUAACGGUCCUGGGAAACGCAUUUUUGAUGUAUCAAUCCAAGGCAAAAGUUUCUUGAAGGACUUUAAUAUUGCAGAGGAGGCUAAAGGGGUCGGUAAGAGAGUAACUAAAGAACUUAACAUUGAUGUUACUAAUGGCACUCUUGAGAUUCACUUAUUCUGGAGAGGGAAAGGAACUUCUUCCAUUCCAUUCAGAAGUGUUUAUGGACCUUUAAUUUCAGCAAUAACAGUCAAACCAAACUUCGAUCCCGGAACGGACACAGGUCGCAUGUCUAUUGGAGUUAUUCUUGGCAUUGUAGCUGCUGCGUGUGUACUAGUGUUACUAAUAUUGGCAGCUCUCCGGAAGAAAGGUUACCUAGGAGGAAAGGACCUUGAGAACAAAGAACUCAGAGCAGGAAUAGAAUCACAAACGGGUUACUUCAGUUUAAGACAGAUUAAAGCAGCAACUGGCAACUUUGACCCAGCUAACAAAAUAGGUGAAGGUGGAUUUGGCCCAGUUUAUAAGGGUCAACUGCAUGAUGGUUCAAUAAUUGCUGUGAAGCAGCUUUCUUCUAAGUCCAAGCAGGGCAAUCGCGAGUUUAUCAAUGAGAUUGGCAUGAUUUCUGCUUUACAACACCAGAACCUCGUGAAGCUUUUUGGAUGUUGUAUUGAAGGAAACCAGUUAUUGCUAAUUUAUGAGUACAUGGAAAAUAAUAGCCUUGCACGUGCACUAUUUGGUAAAGAAGAACAGCGACUGAAUUUGAACUGGCCAACAAGGCAUAAGAUUUGCCUGGAGAUAGCAAAAGGUUUAGCUUAUCUUCAUGAAGAAUCAAGAUUGAAGAUAGUUCACAGGGACAUAAAGGCAACAAACGUCCUGCUUGAUAAAGAUCUCACUGCUAAAAUAUCUGACUUUGGUUUGGCUAAACUUGACGAGGACGAGAACACUCAUAUCAGUACACGAAUAGCAGGAACUGUAGGUUAUAUGGCUCCAGAAUAUGCAAUGAGGGGUUACUUGACGUACAAAGCAGAUGUAUACAGCUUUGGAAUCGUUGCUUUAGAAAUCGUCAGUGGGAAGAGCAACACAAAUUACAGACCGAAGGAGGAGUUCGUCUAUCUUCUUGACUGGGCUUAUGUACUACAGGAGCAGGGAAAUCUACUCGACCUUGUAGAUCCUGUUCUGGGGUCAAAGUACUCGAAAAAAGAGGCUCUGAAAAUGUUGAACAUAGCUUUGUUAUGCACCAACCCUUCCCCCAGUCUUCGGCCUCUUAUGUCUUCCGUUGUAAGCAUGCUCGAAGGCCGUAUUCCAGUCCAAGCACCGAUAGUGGGGCGAAACUCAAAAGCUGACGAAAUGAGAUUAAGGGCAUUUGAGAGGCGCUCAUAUGAUAGUGAGACACAAGCUUCAAGUGCUUCUCAAGAUAUUCAAACAGAGAGUAGAUCCAAUGAUGGUCCAUUAGUUAAUUCCUCAUUGUUGCACAGCCAAGACGAAGAAGAUGACGAAGAUGAUGAAUAUGAUGGUGAUGAUGAUGAUACUAGAGAAUAUUCCUCCCAAGGCAGACUUCUCCCUGAUCCAUAAAAAGAUGAAAACUAAAGUAAUUGAUAGAGUCUAGAGCACAGAAUAUUAGUGAAAUUUAUCCUUCUGUUAGUAAUUCCUAGAAGCGAUAUAUGUAUUUUGGUUUUGCUGGUUAUGAAGUGUGUAUAGUAGAAAAAUAAAACAAAAAAAUGUUGUUGGCGAAACCUCUUAAUAAAAUGUUAUUUUCUCCACA